GGAGGAGCAGCGGCGGCGGCGGCCCUGGUGUCACAUAGGAAACUCCCGAAAGGAGCUGAUUUCGCCGCCCGGAUGGACGGCUGGGAGGGCAUAUCCGAGCUGCUCGCCAAGCUCUGGAAAUGGCUCUUACACUCCCCGGGAGGUGCCUCUGACGCCAGCCAGGCCUCCCGGCUGCAGAAAAUCCAGGUCUGCGACAGGGUCCUGCGGAUUUGUGUCGAGCAGAUGGCCAAACCCGGGGGCUGCCCGGCGCACACCGCCAGCCUGGUGGCCGUGGCCGAGGCCGCGUGCCGGGGCUACCUGACCGCCGUGCCGCAGCCUGCUCCCCUGUACCUGGAGAAGAUCCUCUACCACCUGCUGAGGAACACGGCCGGCCGGGGGAGCGGCGAUGCCUGCUGGAGGGUGGCUGACCUCCUCCGUGCCCGGCUGCUGACCUACCGCCCUGGCCAGGCGCCCUCCAAGGACUUCACAGCCAUCGUCCACAGCAGCUUCAGCGUGCUCUGGAGAGGGGCGGACGCUUUGGCUGAGCCCGACCGGCCGCGGGAGGAGGGUAGAGCUGUCCUCUCAAUCCGUCUGCGAGCCCUGCGCUUCCUUCUGUUGCUGGAAGAAGACGGGGCGGCCUUGCUGCCGCUGCAGCCCCCCUUCUUCACCUCCCAGACGGCGCAGCAGGCAGCUGCCGCCGCCGCCUUGUACGAAGCCCAGCAGGCGCCGUCCUCGGCUUUCCUCGGCCGGCAGCUUGGGGACUGCUUGCUCGAAGCUCUGCGAAAGGAGGCGACGGAGCCGCCCACCCUCCAGCAAUCCUUCUGCUUCUUCGAGCUCACCCUGGAGCAGUGCUGGCACCUCUGCAAGAGCGGCCAGUACAGGGCAGCCAAGAAGGCGGUAAAGGACGCGAGGGGCUUCCUGGGGGCCACCGGCGGCUCCGUGAACUCUUUUGGUGACCCUCUGUCCCUCCUGGAGGCCGGGGUUCAGCUGAGCCAGGUGCUGGCCGAGAGCGCUUGCCCCGCGGGGCCGCCAUUCUCCCAGGCUGCGGCAGCUCUCGGCUCGGCAGCGGAGGCAUCGGAGCAGUUUCUCAGGGUGCUGGCUGAGAGCUGCCAGCUCAUCGUCUCCUCCCUGGGCGAGUACGCGAAGAGGAGCAAGCAGUGGCCCUUUGGCCGGGAGGACGUGCUCGGCUUCUGUGCUUUCACUGAGGGGCACUGCCGUGUCCUCCACCGGCUGCUGGAGAGGAUUCCUCCUGACGGUGUCAAACAGGAGCUCAUGGUGAAGCAGCUGCUCUACCGCAGCCUCCAGCUCUUUGCCAGUGUGGCCUACGACACCUUCCAGUGCUCCCAGCCGUUGCAGGCAGCGGACUGGCCGGGUCUGGAGCGGCUGACGGCGGGCUGCAGGAGGAGCGUGGCGUGGAUGCUGGAGGCGCUGGAGGGGCUCCCCGAGAGCGAGCGAGCCCAGUACCUCGAUGUCACUGUGUCGUGCACGUUCAAGCUGGCCUAUAUCUUCUACAACCAGAACCUUCAUGAGGAGGCCAGCUCUGUCUGCGAGCUCCUCUGCAAGAGGCUGCAGACAGCAGAUGCCUAUGCGUGUCCAGAGAUACCCCCGGAGAGGCUGCACAAAUGCUUCAGGCUGCAGGUGGAAAGUUACCGCAAGCUGGGGCGGCUGGAGAGAGCCCUGGCAUGUGUGGUGCAGUGGCUGGCUGCGCUGCAGGGCCAGAUUGGGGAGCUGCUGGCAGAGCCCAUCUCCCUCUGGGUCAGAGUCAAAACAGAUGCUGCGAAACAGGGGGCUGAGGAGUUACGGUUACGGACCCUGAAGGAAGGCUUGGAGGGGCACAGCCUGGACGCAGAGACCUUGGUGACCGUCCUCUUUGCGGAGUUGAAGGCCUACAAGACUGUGCGAGCUGACACGGGGCAGGAACGCUACAACGUCCUCUGUGACCUGCUGGAGAUCUGCUCGGAGGAGAGCGGCCGCCUGCAUGAGCGAGCUAUCGGCUUGACAGAGUUGGCCCAGGUCUUGUGCUACCACAGCUACGCCCAGCAGACGGACUGCUCCUCCCUGGACUCCAUCCAGGAAGCCUUGCGGCUGCUGGAGUUGGUGCCCAGGAGCGCCCAGAACCGGGACCGACUCCUCGAUGACCAGGCGCAGGCUCUGCUCUGGCUCUACAUCUGCACCCUAGAGUCCAAGCUGGAGCAGAGCAUAGAGAGGGACCAGAGAUCCAAAGCUCAGGGGCUAACGAACCUGGGUGACUUUGAGCCCAAUGACCUCAACUACGAAGGCAGGCUGCUGGAGAACAGGUUCCUGUAUGACGGCAUCUCCUUCAACCUGGUGACAGAGACCGCUCUGUCCAAAAGCCUGGACGACGCCUUCGCCUUGUGGAAGCAGCUCCUGGCCACGCCAGGCGUCCCAGCCGUGCGCAGCCCUGAGCAGACUGUAGCCUCCCUGCACCUCCUGGCAGCUCUCUACAAGCUGAUGGCCAAGCCCUUGCAAGCCAUGGAGACCUACCUGCUGGUCAGAGCCCUGUGCAGCGCACUCGGGGACAGCCUGGGCACGGCCAGCGCCCUGUGCCAGCUCACCAAGCUGCUCUUCCAGCUGGAGUGCCCCAGCUAUGCCCAGCUUUUCCUGGAGGAGAUGGAAUCCUGCCUGCAGAAAGCUGACAGCAGCAACGAUUCCUACCUGCUGCUGCAGCAAACCUGCUUCCUGCUCCACAGCCAGCUGUGUUGUGUCAACCACCGGAUUGAAGAGGGUCUCACCCUGUUGCUGGAGGUGCUCCAGAACCCAGCUCUGCAAAAAAGCACAAAGGUCUGGUACCUGCUGCGAGCCCACGUCCUUCAGCUGGUGGCCAUCUACCUGAGCCUCCCCGCUGCCCGCCUCUCGCUCAAGCUCCGGCAGCAGAUCUUUGUGCAAGGGUGGAAGAGUCCCAAGACGGCUCUCGUCGAAGCCCAGAAGCUUUUCCGCAGCAUCAUCCUCCUGCUGAUGGGAGGCAAUGUGCUGGGCUGUCAGAAAACAGCGGCCGAUGUCCAGUUUGUGGAUUACGGGGACAACCUGCUGCUGAAGUGGCAAGUGCUGGCUGACACGCUGGCCUGUUCGGAGCACCUCGUGGCUCUCCUCGGCAGGUUGGAGGUGGUGUGUAAGGCCAAAGCCUUCUGCUUGGAGGCCGUCAAGCUGGCCGUGAAACUGCAAGCCACCCGGUGGUGUACUUCUUUCCUGGUGCUGAAGGCUCAGCUGGAGCUGCAGCAGAGUGAGCUGGAGCUGAGCCACUUCGACCUCCAGCAGGCUCUCUUCUUCCUCAACUCCCAUGCUGAGCUCAAAGCCAGCCAGAGGCAGAAAGACCAAGCGAAAAUCCUGCCUAGGAAAGGCAAACUUGAGGGCAAGAAGCCACGGGACCCCAUCUCUGAGCCCCCCAGGGAAGAGGAAGGUUUCCUGAAGUGCCCCGCACUGGAGUUUGUGGCCACGGUGUGUGGGCUGGAGAAGGCAGAUGCUCUCACCGCCUCACCGGAGCUGAAGCCCAAGAGGAGGAAGAGACUGGCCUUCCUCACCCGCCGGCCAGCCUGCCCAUGCAGCUUCUGCUCUGACCUGGCGCUCUCGGCUCUCUGCCUGCGCUGGCUCCUCUCCUGUGCCCAGGGCGAGCUGGCAGCGGCCAGCGUGGCCGAAGGGCUGGGUCUGAUCCACGCCGUGCUGCCGCGCUGCGCCGCCGUGGCCACGCGCUUCGCCGCCGUGCUGCGAGACAAGCUGUGGGGCGGCUCCGUCGGCCGGGACCUGCCUGCGUUGGACCUGCUGGAUGACCUGGUGGCCACUGACUGUGCCGUGUUGGCCCUUCAGAGCCUGGCCAGCCCCUGGCUGGCGGAGGAGCUGCAGGAGGAGCUGCAGACGGGGUUGACCACCUUAGCGUCCUGCAGCCCCCACCUGCCCAGCCUGGAGGUCUCCGGGGCCAGCCUGCUGCUUGCCAAAGCCACGGCCACCGUUUGCCGCCUGGCUUCCAAGCACGGCAGCUCCGUGGAUGGUGUUUUUGCCAGCUCUCAGAACCGCCAGCUGCCCACGCUGACUCCGAUGGAGCCCAAAGUGGCGGCCGUGCCCCAGACCCUCAAGAUGGGCAAGGCUGAACCUCAAAGGCGCAAAAAGACGACAGCGUUGGCCCCUGCCGUGCCCAAGCCCAGAGCGAAGAAGAGCCAGAGAGCGAAGCCCCUGGUUGUGCCGAACACCGAUGACGCCUUUGCUCUGGGUGACUCGGACAGUGAGGUGCCCCCCAUCGUCAUCCAGCCGGUGACAGCGCCCUGCACCCCGCACCAGAAAGCCUGUCCCCUCGCCAAGGCACGCGCAGCCCUUGGCCCCAGGACUCCCUUCACCAUCUUCAGCGAAUCCUCCCCGCCGGCCGGCAAGUCCCAGCACCCGCGAGCGCCCAAAGUCUUGGGGAAAGUCAAGUCUCGCCUAAAGGUGAUAUUCAGUGAUGACAGCGACAUGGAGGAUCCUGAAGCGGGGCAGACCCCCACAGCUACCCGCAAGACAUCCUGUGCCCGAAAAGCUCCGCCUGCCAAAUCCAUGGGGUCCCAGGCAAGCUCGCUGGGGUUCGGCGGCCAGAGCAGCAGUGCCCAGCCCCGGAGAGGGCGGCCGGGCACCCGCCGAGCCGGGGCUGCGGAGGAGAAGAGGGAGCGGAUGACCCGUAGGGCUCCCAGAAAGAGAGUGGAGGAACGGGAGCUUCUGAGGACCGUUGAGGAAGAGGAGAAGGUGGAGGAAGAGCUUGAGAUCAGCUUUGAGGUCUUGCGGGCCUCUGAGGAAGAGGAGGGAGCUCCAGGCAGGAGACGGCUGCCUCGGCGCAGGCAGGAGGGCGCAGACGGGGAGCGCGAGGUCCUGCAGCAAGAGGCCGGCGAGGACGUCCUGGCAGCGCGGUGGCCGGGCAGCGGGGACCCCCUGCGCCUGGAGGGGACCCUCUCCUCCACCCUGCCCACGGCUGGCGAUGUCUCCUCGCUGGACACCGUCCUUGAGCUCCUGAAAGACGCUUUCAACUGCAUCAGCCACUGCCCUCCCGGUGCGCUCUACAGCCAGCUCUGCCAGCUCCUGGCUCUGGCCAUGGGGAACCAGGACCCCCUCCUCACUGCCUACCUGCUCUCCGAGUCGGUCUGCGUCACCACCCGCCAUCAGCUGCUCAGCAUCAUCCACAGGAAGAUUCACAAAGAGAAGAAGUCAGCGGGGGACGUGGCCGAGCAGCUCCGGGGGCUCUCCUUGCAGGAGGGGAGCGCUGCCCAGCGCAGCCACCACCUCGCCGAGCUUGAGAAACUCUUCAUGUUCAGCUCCACAGGGCUGGGAUCUGAGGAGCGGGACAGCUUCCAGACGCAGCUGCAGCAGAUCCCCAGUGGGGUGACGGUGUGCGUGUUGACCCUCGUCAGCAUCCAGCCUGCCUCCGUAGGGGACACGCUGCUGCUGGCACGGCUGGAGAAGGGCACCGCUCCCGUGAACAUCCGCAUCCCCACCGCGCUCGCCAAGGCCCUGCUGCGCUCGGUGCUGAGUGAUUUCGACGCCAUCCAGAAGGAGCAGAAGGAAGCCAUCAGCUGCAUGGACAAGCGAGAGUGGUGGCUGCGCUGCUCCGAGCUGGACCGCAGGAUGAAGAGCCUCAUCGAGACCCUGGAGACGCAGGUGCUGGGCUGCUGGAGGGGGGGCCUGAUCCCCACCGUCCCCCAGCCCAGUCUGGCAGAGGAAGCUGCCCACUUGCACCCCCAGCUCUGCCGGUGCAGCUGGAGGGACUCAGAUCCCAUCCUGCUCAAGGUGGUGCUGAACGCUGCUCCCCUUCUUGGCCCCCAUGAUGUGCAAGCCCUGGCCUUCGGCCUCUGCCCAGCGCGGCCCCGCAAGGCUCAGCUCCUCUUGCAGGAGGCGGUGGAGAAGCGGAGAGCCUGCGCCACGCAGACGGACGGCUCCCUCGUCCUGGUUCUGGAUAAGCACCUGCAGAAGCUGCCCUGGGAGAGCAUGGCGUGCCUGAAGGCUGUGCCUGUAACCAGGCUCCCUUCCCUGCGCUUCCUGGUCAGCUACUCCCUGGCACAGGAGCAGUCAGGGUCCGUGCUGAGCCGCGGCGUGAACCCCAGCAGCACCUUCUACGUCCUCAACCCGCACAGCAACCUCCUGGGCACUGAGGAACGAUUUCGGGGCUGGUUUGAGAGCGAACCUGGCUGGAGAGGUGUGACGGGAGCCGUCCCAAGGCCGGAGCAGAUGCAGGCAGCCCUCCUGGAGCACGACCUCUACAUUUACGCGGGCCACGGAGCAGGUGCCCGCUUACUGGACGGACAGACCAUCGCCCGGCUGGAUUGCCGCGCCGUCGCCCUGCUCUUCGGCUGCAGCAGCGCCGCGCUCGCCGUCCGCGGCAGCCUGGAGGGCUCCGGCAUCGUCCUCAAGUACAUCAUGGCCGGCUGCCCCUUCGUCCUGGGGAACCUGUGGGACGUGACCGACCGGGAGAUCGACCGCUAUGCCCAAGCGCUGCUGCAGGGCUGGCUGAGGGGGGGCUCGGGUGCCCCGCUCCUGUCCUACGUCACCCAGGCCCGCCAAGCCCCCAAACUCAAGUACCUCGUCGGGGCAGCCCCCGUUGCCUACGGGCUGCCCGUCUGCCUGCAGUGAGGGUUGGGGGGGGCCGCCGUCCCCGCGGGGAGGCAGCUGGGGACUCGCGGAGUGGAUGGGUGUCUGUGUUUGCAACUGCUUUAAUUUAUUUUAAUGAAAGCGUUUUUAUUUGCGUGUUCUGUGACAAUAAAGCUAUUGCCCUGCUCCCUCCUGUUCUCCCCCCCCGUUGCCCAUUUGUCCACUGUCCCCAAGGCUGG